GUGGAUUUACCUGUUGUAGAGUUAAUGAAAGUUAUCAUGAGCAUUGUUAUGUUUAAAGCAGAUGUCUUAACAAAUGUCAGUAGACCGGGAAGAUUUUAAAAUGAGCAGUUCAUUCAUAAAUACAUAAGAUCGCUGUGGGAAUACAAGCCAGAAGUCAAAAGACAACGAGAACAGCGCUGAAAAGGGGCGGGGCUACAUAAGUGCCCAAACAACUCCUGGUUAAGUGGCUGAGAUCCCCAUGAUGCACUAUUAUAAAGAUGGCGUUUAUUAAAGAGGAGAGUGAAGAUGUGAGGAUUGAAGAAACAUUCAGGGUCAAACAUGAAGAUCCUGAGGAACAAACAAAGAUGGCGUUUAUUAAAGAGGAGAGUGAAGAUGUGAGGAUUGAAGAAACAUUCAGGGUCAAACAUGAAGAUCCUGAGGAACAAACAAAGAUGGCGUUUAUUAAAGAGGAGAGUGAAGAUGUGAGGAUUGAAGAAACAUUCAGGGUCAAACAUGAAGAUCCUGAGGAACAAACAAAGAUGGCGUUUAUUAAAGGGGAGAGUGAAGAUGUGAGGAUUGAAGAAACAUUCAGGGUCAAACAUGAAGAUCCUGAGGAACAAACAAAGAUGGCGUUUAUUAAAGAGGAGAGUGAAGAUGUGAGGAUUGAAGAAACAUUCAGGGUCAAACAUGAAGAUCCCGAGGAACAAACAAAGAUGUCAUUUAUUAAAGAGGAGAGUGAAGACAUGAAGAUCGAAGAAACAUUCAGAGUCAAACAUGAAGAGACUGAGGAACAAACAGACCUGAUGGGGCUGAAAGAGGAGAGCCAAGAACUGAAUGAAAUGGAAGAGAAAAACCAGUACGAGAAAUGUGAUGACUUCAUGCUUAGGGAAAAAUCUUUUAGUUACUCACAGACUCAUAAACCAGAACCCAUAAACAUUAAAGUCCACAUUGUAGAAAGCCCUUUCACCUGCCAACAGUGUGGAGAAAGUUUUAGUCAAAAAAAGAGUCUUAAUGGCCACAUGAGAAUUCACAAAGUAGAGGGCCGUUUCACCUGCCAACAGUGUGGAAAACGUUUCAAUCGAAAUAACAACCUUAAAGUCCACUUGAAUAUCCACACAGGAGAGAAGCCUCAUGCCUGCACACAGUGUGGGAAGAGUUUCUCACUAAACAGAGAUCUUAAGACUCACAUGAGUAUUCACACUGGAGAGAAGCCUUUUACUUGUCAACAGUGUGGAAAAAGUUUCAGUCGAAAAGACCAUCUUAACAUCCACUUGAAAGUCCACACAGGAGAGAAGCCUCAUACCUGCGCACUGUGUGGGAAGAGUUAUGGAUAUAAAGAAAGCCUUAAUCAUCACUUGAAGAUUCACUCAUCAGGAUUCAUGUCAUCUGUGUGAAAGGAGAUUCACAGACAGGAAUCACCUUGAGAAUCGUAAAAAUUCACAUCAAAGAGAAACCUUACAUGUGCCCUCAGUGUGGAAAGAGCUUCAUAAUGAAAGGAAACCUUAAAGGGUUAGUUCACCCAAAAAUGAAAUUUUUGUCAUUAAUUACUCAUCCUCAUGUUGUUCCACACCCGUAAGACCUUCAAUCAUCUUCGGAACACAAAUUAAGAUAUUUUAAUGAAAUCUGAGAAAACAAAAUUCGUCUCUCCCGUCAUUUUGCUACGCUAUUUACGCUGCAGCGCUUCCGUGUUUACAUCCAAAUGCCGGCUCAGUAUUGGCAUGCGUGUGAUGCUGACGCAGGAGCUGGCCAAUACCGAGCCCGCGUUCUAACAAUGUUUUUACUGCUUUUCUGGACCUUGAAUGUGGCGAUUUCGUUGCUUUCAGUGGAAGAUAAAAAAACCUCUUGGAUUUCAUAAAAAGUAUCUUAAUUUGUGUUCCGAAGAUGAACGAAGGUCUUACAGAUGUGGAAUGACAUGAGGGUGAGUAAUUAAUGACAGAAAUUUCAUUUUUGGGUGAAUAUUCACAUGAUAUUCACAUGAGUUCACACUAAAGAGAAGCCUUACAAGUGUCUUCAGUGUGAAAAGAGUUUCACAUACCACACAGACCUGAGACAGCAUUUGGAAACUCAUUCUGGAAAGAAACUGCCGUUUUCCUUAGUGUGACAAAAGGUUUAAAAAAAUCUGAGCAAUUUAAGCAAUAAUUUGCAUUCACUUUGGAAAAAGACAAUUCAAUUGUGAUUGUUGUAAUAAAAACAUGACUUUUACAUAUGAAAGUGAUGUAAAUGUGAGACCCUGUUGCGUUCUUUGUUGAAGAAGUUUAUUCAAGUGUUCUAUUAGUAUACUUCUUUUAAGCUAAAAAUAAUAAAGCAAACUGUGGCAAGCAGGAUGAGGCCGAGAGCCUUGAGAACGGGGCAAGGCCGGUGGCGUGAUUGAUGAUAAGCGGCACCUGCGCGCCCCACCGGUCUCCAGUUUCUCACGGAGGAGACGGAGGUGAAGGACGAGAGAGCACCAGGCCUGGACUAUUUUGCCUUAUGUUUUAUGUAUGUGCUUUUACUUUCAUUUUGUGUUUAUUUUAUAUAAUUAAAGUUGUGUUUAACGUU